CUCCAUUCUUGGACCAAUUUUCAAAAAAUUGGUGCGAUUUUCAUUUCAUUUGUUAGCGAGGGAGGUGUAUUUCCCACUUCCUAGAUGCCAGAACAAUGAUCCAAUUUAUCCCAAAAAUUUGAAGCGGGAACGCCAAAAUUUUGAAGCUCUAUCGAGUGCCGGGAACGAAGUAGACGCAGAGAGAGAGAGAGAGAGAGAGAGAGAGAGUUGCAGGGCAAGCACCACCGACCUCCCAAACCCAACAAUGGACGAAACCAUUCACCGAAUCAUCUCAUCCCUCCAAACCCACCACUCUCUCUCCUCCUCCCCCACCCCUAUCUCCUCCCAAACCCUCUCAGACCUCCAAACCCUACUAGACAACCAAGACAUCCAAACCCUCUUCGACGAGCUACCUCCGAACAACCUCUCUCCCAUCUCUCUCCUCCCUCCACUCACCUCCGCCCUCGACUCGGGUCCCGCCCACUUAUCCCUAUCCGCCUCAAAAGUCUACCUUUCCCUCCUCCUCGCCCCUAAUUCCCCUGUCUUCACCCUCUUCACUCCCAUGGCCUUUUUCUCUCUCCUUCGCUCCGUCCGCCGGUGUUUUAAAAACCCGAGUUUCACGCCUCCCGAUAAGCGGGCCCGGAAGAAGAAGGGUGGUGGCUGGGCCGGGCCUUCGCGAAACCAGGCUCGAAAUGCUGAGGAUUGCCAAGCAGGAAAGGAAGAGGGUGAAAGGAGGAAAUUUGAUGUGAGGGUAUUGUUCUGUGUGCUGGAAAGGUUGGAACUUGUUCUGGGUUUGAUUCAUUUGGACAGGUUUCCUGAUAGUUUGAAGUCUUUGAUUCAAACCGUGGCUGAAAUACCAGUAAUGGCAGUUGAGGUGAGUGGAAAUUCGGGCAAUUUUAGUAAGUUGUGUGAUCUGUGCUCGCGGAUUUUGAGCGAAGUAUUGAGGCCUGAGCACGGGGAUCAAACGGUUAGUGCAGCUGAGGAGUUGAAGUCGUUGUCGAUGUUGAUUCUGUUGUUUAAAUCUCAAGCUCGGGCCUUUGGAGUUGGGUUUGUGGUGAAAAGAGUCAUGGGUAUGGCGAAGGAUUCGGGUGAAAUCAAGAAGGCAAUUGUGAAUUUGCCAAAAUAUUUAGUUCACAAGGCGCCUGAGAAGGCUGAGGGAAGGGCUUCUGCUGUGGAAGCAAUAAUGGAGAUUGUUAGAGCAAUGGAAUACGAAGAUCAAAUCGGGUUUGUGGAGUAUGUAGUGAAGAUGACUCAAGGAAAGGCCCAGCUCAGGCUCUUGGCUGUGGAUCUUGUUCCAAUGCUAAUGAUGUCUUGUAGAGACCCUUUGGGGAUAAAUUUGGAAACGGGGGUUGAGAAUUCUUGGGGGUUGAGGUGUUUAGAGGCUUUGGUUCAGCGGUGUUCGGAUGCAACUGCAGGGAUACGGGCUCGUGCUCUGAUGAAUGUGGCUCAGUUGGUGGGGUUUUUAUCAGGUGAUGAUAGGUGUUGGGAAGUGUUGAAGGGAGUAAUGAAGAGUAGUGGUAUGGGGAUGAAUGAACUGCUGAGGAAAAGGUGCACAGAUGAGAAAGCAGCUGUGAGAAAGGCUGCUCUUGUUCUGAUUUCGAAAUUGAUAGCUCUUCUGGGUGGGAGCUGUGAUGAAGAUGUGCUGAAGACAAUGGGCAUGGCUUGUUCAGAUCCACUUGUUAGCAUACGUAAAGCGGCUGUUUCAGCUCUCUCUGAGGCCUUUAGAACAUUCUCGGAUGAUAGCGUGACUAAAGAGUGGCUACAUUCCAUUCCACGAUUAAUAACUGAUAACGAAUCAAGUAUUCAAGAAGAAUGUGAGAACUUGUUUCUAGAAUUGGUCUUGGAACGGGUGACCAGAGCUGGACAUACUAAUUUCCCAAAUAGCAAAUCAUUUUCCAAUGAUCCAAUUGUGAAGGCAAAAAGUUUCGAAAGGGAGGUUGCGUUUAUCUUCCCUGAAGGAGUCUUAGGUCUAUUGAGGGAGAUUUGUAAUGGUGAGGUGAUGCCUUGGGUGAAAAAGAUCUGUGUAAGCCUGGGAAAGAAGAAACGGCUCAAGCCCAAACUUGCUAGUGCUCUACAGAAUAUCAUAAGGACAUCUGAGUCCAUAUGGCUGAGUCAUUCAAGGCCAAUAGAGAAGUGGACAGCUCCUCCUGGUGCUUGGCUACUUCUAUCAGAGGUUUCGGCGUUCCUUUCUAAAGCAGUGGAUUGGGAGUUCCUCUAUCAUCAUUGGAAACUCAUUGACAAGCAUGAACCGAAUGGCGAGGUUAGGAGCCCUUUUCAACAGGGAUUUGCUGAUGAAGAUGUUGUGGGUACCUAUGAGUCCGAUUCUGUAACUUGGGCAGGAGAUCGUGUCUUCCUUUUGCAAACAAUCUCUAAUGUUUCUGCAGAACUGCCUCCUGAACCUGCAGCAGAUUUAGCUCAUGAAUUGCUUACACGAAUUGAGGACUUUAACAUGCAUUCCGCAGAGGUUAAUGCGCAUGUGAAAGCACUCAGAACAUUGUGCAAGCGGAAAGCUUUGACUAUUGAAGAAGCUGAUGGUCUUGUUAAGAAAUGGGUACACCAGCUUCUAUCCAAAGCUUCCCAAGUUUUGGACAUGUUCAUUGCAAAGGAUUCAGAAGGCAACAAGGAUACCGGCUUUCUUACGCCGCCUACAAGUGGGAUUAAGAAGGGCCAGAGAGCAGCAGCAGACACCACAUUCAGAUUGUUAUCACAAGCAAUUAUUGCAACUUAUACUAUUGGGUCCUUGGUUAUAGUUUGUCCUUUAGCCGAUUUGAAAGCCAUUAUUCCUGUUUUACACACCAUUAUUACUUCCGGGAGUUCUGGCCCAAAAUUGAACAAGUUACCACACCCUGUGGAUUCUAUCAAACAGACAGUGCCUUCUUUGUAUAUCCAAGCUUGGCUAACAAUGGGGAAGAUAUGCCUUGCGGAUGGGAAACUUGCAAAACGCUAUAUUCCAUUAUUUGUACAGGAGCUUGAAAAGAGUGAUUGUGCAGCCCUUCGCAAUAACAUUGUUGUAAUGAUGGCGGAUUUCUGCAUACGAUAUACUGCUCUAGUUGACUGUUACAUAUCGAAGAUCACUAAGUGUCUCCGCGAUCCGUGUGAGCUUGUGAGGAGGCAGACAUUUAUACUACUCUCAAGAUUAUUACAGAGAGACUAUGUGAAGUGGAGAGGAGUACUUUUCCUACGGUUUCUGUUAUCCCUGGUUGACGAAUCUGAAAGAAUACGGCAACAAGCUGAUUUUCUCUUUGGGAAUAUCUUAAAAGCCAAGGCACCACUUCUAGCUUAUAAUAGUUUUGUCGAAGCCAUUUUUGUCCUGAAUGACUGUGAUGCCCAUAGUGGACAUGGUAGAUCCCAGAGUUCAAGAUCCGAGAGCAGGCUUUUCUCUAUUAGAGGUAACGAUGAGAGGUCGAGGACUAAAAGAAUGCACAUCUAUGUUUCGUUGCUGAAACAAAUGGCUCCAGAGCACCUUUUGGCCACUUUUGCCAAAGUAUGUGCAGAGAUCCUUGCUUCUGCAUCUGAUGGUAUGCUGAAUACCGAAGAUGCUACCGGACAAGCAGUUUUGCAGGAUGCUUUCCAGAUUCUUGCAUGCAAAGAAAUCCGAAUACCCUUUACCCGAGGAGGAUCAUCAUCUGACUUGGGAGACAUGGAUGAAGAAGGUGGAGAUACUGGAGGAGGAGGAGGUUCACCUGCAGCUGCUGCUAGAGGAAGGGUUAUAACACAAGCAGUCAAAAAAGGGCUUAUCCAAAACACCAUCCCCAUAUUCAUAGAGCUGAAAAGGCUUUUAGAAAGCAAAAACAGCCCCUUAACAGGAUCCCUCAUGGAAUGCCUCCGAAUCCUUCUCAAGGACUACAAGAAUGAGAUUGAUGAAAUACUGGUAGCUGAUAAGCAGCUUCGGAAAGAGCUUAUGUAUGACAUGCAAAAGUACGAAUCACUCAAGGCCAAAUCGACUGCUGCUGAAGCGGUUGCAAUUGUUAAAAAAGAAGGUGCUUUCCGUUCACCAAGUAUUUCCAAGGUUGCGAUUGAAAGAAGUGUACAACACAAGAAGGUCCAGGAGCAGUUGAGAAGUGGUCCCUCGAAAGUGGCUUCGGCUGUGGCGGAUAAGGUGGCUGCAGCUACGGCUCGGUCAGUGCUUAGGGAAGUGAACAAUGGGGGUUUAACGCCACCAUUAAGUGCCAUGAGUGUGCCUAAGCUUAAGGGUUCUAACCCCCCUUCCGUACUGGAAUCUUUGAGGAGGAGACAGUGUUUUGACUCUGAUGAAGAGAAUUGAUCACAUUACUACAUGCUUCUAAAGGCCAUAUGGAAAUUUGUAAUUCUGCAUUUUGUUGUAAGCUUAUUCCAUUGUAAAUGUAACAUCCUUACUAGCUUAAAAGAACAUGUCUGAUAAAGUCAAAAUACACGAUUUGGUAGAACCCAAUAAAUUUUUUUUGCAUCUGACUCUAAA